AUGUACGGACAUUGUCAGGACUAUAAUCUUUACGAAGCUCCCAUCUAUGAGAACCUAAUCGACCCACCAUUGUUCUACAUAGAGAGAUUCUCCCCUAUUCUCCAAGAAACCGACUUGAAACCACGAUAUCGUACGGAACCUCCGAUGCUAGCCCCAACUCCACGAACUCCUCCUCCAUCGAGGGAAUACAAAAAAGAGUUUCAAUCAUUUUUGUCGGAGUGUCCACCACCAGAGCCAACAGACACGCGUAACACGCCAGUUCAUUUGCCUGAGAUUUCUCGUCAGGAGCCGGCUAGAGCAAAACUUUCGAAACAGGCAAGACCACCGAAAAAGGCAAAAAAUUGCUCAAAAUUGCCAAGCGAUCCACCACAAAGAGGACGAGCCAGAACUCCGAGAUUUUUCAUCAAGAUGGCUCAGAUAUGCGCCAAGUGGGAACAAUCUCAAAAGGAUCGGGCAUCUGCUUCAAUUGCUGAUCGUCUGAAUACCCUCACCAUUGGAGAAUUCUACCCACAGGAUCCAUCCCCAGUACUUACCAUGGUUACAUCGAAACUUCUCAUGAUCAUAAAACUUAUAUCACUCUUUGAGUUUUUUUAA